UCUGAAAUUAUCUGGCUGCUCUGGGUCGCUGAGAUCAUGGUGCCCGCUUCUGCCUGUGCCUCACCCACCACCAAAACCUGUUUCCUGGCUGGGCAUAUCGAUCGCGUCAAGCCACACAUGUACGUACCUCCACUCCUUGGCCCUCGACGUUCGGGAACACUGGUUCAAUACCGGCUUCUCCGGCUGUGCAUUGGCAGCUGGAUCAUAUGAUCGAACUGUAUGUUCACAGGCUUGAACGUCUCUACUUCUUACAACUAGAAAGGACUUUGCGAAGCCGCAAGUUCGGACAGCCUAGCCGCACGGAUUUAUCCGCAUCAGUCCGCAUUUAUCUGCGAGUCCUAGAACUCGACUGCUGGCGGUUGAUGUUUUGGUUAAAGCACCCGCGUGGGGACUAUCGCUGGCGACACCCAAAGCCUGCAAUGACUCUCUUAGAGAGAGAAAUAUUCAUGUCGCCCGGCUUUUCAGGGAGAUCUUGGGGAGGCUAAGGUCCCCGGAUCCCUCUACGGAGCCACUACCGCCAAAGACAGCAAAGGAUAUGUAUAAUGAGCUCGAUCCCGAUAGCAUAUGCUCGACCCUCAGCUCGCAGGAUUCCACUUCCAUAUUAUCAGUGGCUGAUUUCUGCUUCAACGUUUGAUCUGUGGUAUCAAUAUCGUUCAUUCGACCCUUGGGUCCAUGAGGUUGUUCCAGAUAGAACAUUGUAGACGGGAUAAUUACAUACUAAUGUUGCGCAACCUUCCCAGUAGAAGCGACGAAGCAAUGAAGGGUCAAGCUUGUCUCCGUGCAAAGUGGAUGUUGCCUUCAAGAAAAGCAGAUUACUACGUAUACCAAGCCAUAAUAGUGGGUAGGUCUCUGUUUUUAAGAGUGUUUCGAGGUUUCCACAACUCUAGUCUAUGAUGGUGAUUAAAAC